AUGGACAUCGAGAAGUGGGAGGAAUUAAAUUUGAGAGCUUCGAGUACAAUCCGCAUGUCUUUGGCUAAGAAUAUUCUUGUGAAUGUUCUUGGUACGUCGUCAGCCAAAGAGCUUUGGGAGAAUCUUGAAGGGAUAUAUCAAGGAAAAGGUAUAUCAAAUCGUUUAUUGUUGAAGGAGCAGUUUCAUAGCUUGCAUAUGGAUGAACAUACGAAAGUAUCUGAUUAUCUAAGUGUUCUAAAUGGUAUUGUUUAUGAAUUAGAAACUAUUGGAGUCAAGAUUGAUGAUGAAGAUAAAGCUUUGAGACUCAUAUGGUCUCUUUUAUCUUCCUAUGAGCAUAUUAAAACUGUUUUAAUAUAUGGGAAUGAAACUUUGAGCUUUGAAAAAGUUGGUAGUAAGAUUAUUUUUGAAGAAAAAAGAUUGAAGGGUAAGGAGAAUACUUCAUUAAACUCAGUAUUGGUUGCUAGAGAAAAGUCGUAG